GGGAGGUCGGGGUCAGUUUUAUUGCCCUCCUUCGGUAUAAGGUACGUAAUACGUAUGCUCAGUUUCGGUGGAGAGUGCGUGUUCUUCGGCGGGAAGGGAGACGCUGUCGCCAUCGCUGCUUCCGUCGUCGCCGUUCGAGGAUAAGGAGAAAGAAAAAAUGACGAUGUAGGAAAUACAAAUAAAAUGGAAAAAAAAUACUUUGUGUUUAAUUCUAUCCUGCUUCGGGAAGCGGUUAACGAGUAUCUUGUCGUCGUCGUUAUAGUUCUUCUAUUAAAACGUUAUCCUAAAUGAAGAGUAGAAAGUAUACGUAUAUGUUAUUCAAGGAUCUACAAUAAUAAUUGCAACAAUAACAAGAAGUUAGUUUGUCUAUGUAUUAUCGUCAGUUCCGUUGUAGUUAAAGGCGAAAAUGUUGGAUGCGCUUAUUGUUAAAUUGGAAAUGGGGUUGUUUCGUGAUGAGAGUCGGAGGCGGCGGAUCGUUCAGAGACCGUUCGCUUGCCGUUCGAACGUUUAUAAAUAAUAAGUUGCGUUUGAAUAAUGUAAUCUUUUACAUUAUGGAAUAAAAAAUUGUUCUGUGCGUUAGAAACGUUUUGAUUGUUUUUACGAAGAAGAAGAAGAAGAUUAUUACGUUUUAUGCGUCACAACGAAAACACGGUAUAAUUCGCGAAAAGUAGAUCUAUUAAUUUUAUGGUUUUCCGUUGGAAAUUUCACGACAGUUUAUAUGUAAAUAUGAAAUUAUCGAAUUGCUAUAGAAAUGUUGAGUAAUAAGAAAUAAUAAUAUGAAUUUCAAUGAUGAAAUAAUAUUACAUACUUAUGCGUAUUCGAAUUGGAAGGCGCCGAGUUCCGUUAUCACGAAUAAAGAAUAUUCGAUUGGUCGCGCAUAUAGGCAGAUGUGAUAUUCCUACGCCAGGUUUUUUUUAAAGGAAAAAACGUUUAACGUAUGAUAGUUUUUAGCAUUCAUUCCAUAACGUUUUUGAGAUUGGUAAGAGUACCAUUUUCGAUUUUCACUUAUUAUCGAUAUUUUCGUGGUACAUUGUAUAAAUUAGAUAUCGAUAGCAUUGGAUAUUAUGGUAUUUCGAAUGAUUUGUUAAUUUGCGAAAAAGAUCAUAUCUAUAUAUUUUAUGUUAUAUGUAAUUGAAUGUUGAUUCAGGAUCUAUAAGAAUUUAUUCGUGGGUAAAGUAAAAAUGUAUAUCUAAAUGCAAUCGAGUCGAUGUUAUUAUAACGUUAAGUUUGGUAUAAAGUUAUUAAGUUUUUCACAUAUGGAAUGUUCUGUUACAGAGUUGGUAAUCGAAAACAAAGGAAUAUGGAGAGAGUAAGUAAUAUAAAAGUUUCGUAUUAUUAACGUAAUAGUUCUUUAUUUGUAUUCGUACGAGUAUUAAUAUAAAUCGAUUUUGUGGACGGACGAAUCGAUAAAUUCGAAAAGUAUUUGAAAUGAAUCCUUCAUGUAUUGUGAAAGAAAUUUGGCGUAUGGUCUCUAUCUAUUUAUCUAUCUCUGAUUGAAAGUUUUUUUCUUUUUCUAUUUUUUCUGAGUUAUUAUUUUUCGAUACAUGAUCGAUUAUUGUGUCGUUGGAUAUUAUGUAAUGCGAUACACAAAUAGUAGUGUUCGUUUAUUUAUUACAGAGGCAGCUAGAGGAUCACUCGAGACUGUUGCGUAUCAUGGAGGCGGUGGUGGCGGUGACCCCCUACUAUCCACGGGGUCACCGCCGCGGACAACGCCGCGGCUGGAGUCGCGGCUACGGCCGGGGUCGGGCGGGCCGCGGCUCCAUCAGGAGAUAUAGGUGGCGGAGCAGGAGGAGGGAGGCGAGGGCGGUGGAGGCCGGUCUCUCCACCGUAGAGGCGCCACGGGAGGAGAGGGCGGUGGAGGCCGGCCACUCCUCCGUAGCGGCGCCACCGCCAACGCCGGUUGGGGAGGCGGCGGCGCCGCCGAUGGAAGAGGCGACGGCGGACGUGGAGAUGGGGUCGGUGGCCGAGGAGGUGGGGACGGCGGCUGUGGAGGUGGAGACGGCCGCCGUGCAGCAAAUGGUGUAAAAAAAAUAAUAAAAUUAUUAAAAAGA